UAUAAAGGUACUGUCAUCCUCAAUUACACGUUUUUCUGGACGUGUGCAUUGUCCUGGACCAUGAUUCGAAUAUAUAUCCUGGUCGUGCGACCAAUGAUGCGAUGUUAUCGCAAUUCCACCAGACGCUGAUAUAGUAAAUGGCGGUUUUUUAAGUACUGAGGCUUCAGCCACUUUCCCAACGUUCGAUUGUAGAAACCAAUCAAUUGAGGAAUUUUCCCUUUUCAGAAGCACGCACAGACAGAUCAUCGCAAUAAAACAAUGGAAUCAUUAUCUCAUUUCCUGUACUCUGCUGCACUUGUCCUAUUUUUUGCUGCAGGUUUCAUUUUGAGGUCCAGUCAUCUUGGAAAGUACCUAAGUAGCUUUGGGGUGUCCGUGUUCCCUUGCCCAGAGUCCAAAAACUCCCUCGAAGCGAGUCGCCUCAAAAACUGCAAAACGGCCACACCACUUGUCCCAAGUUAUUCGAUUGAUUGGUGGAAAAACGAGUCUCUUUUCCAACUCGAAAAACGUGCCAUCUUCAGCAAGGUCAGAUUCCAAGAUGCCAAAGUUCGCUUAUGCUGACUUUGAAUGGAUAGACUUGGCUUUUCGUUACACACGCCUGUAGAUUUCAGAAAGCGGGUGACUACCGCACAUUCGAGAUUGUUGGGUUUUCAGUCAUUGUUAUACUGGGCAAAGACAAUCAACUUCGGGCUUUUCAGAAUGUAUGUCGGCAUCGAGCAUACCAAGUGGCGAAAAAGGAAUGUGGAAGUUCAAUGGUGUUGGGGUGUAGAUACCAUGGGUAAGUUAACCUUCCAUGCUGUUUGAGACCCUUCUAACAAUCCCGGAAUCUAGAUGGAGUUACAAUACGAAAGGAAAGUUGAUCAAGGCACCAGAGUUUGAAAAUGUACCCAAUUUUGACAAGAAUCAAAACAGUCUAUGGGAAGUCAAGUUGGAGACCAGAAAUGGGUUCGUCUUCAUAAACAUGAAGUCUACGGAGCAUACUCAGACUCUCCAUUUGGAUGACUCCGAGACCGUAAUUGCAAGUCUGAGGUCUAACGACUUGAAAUGUGUCGGGGAAUGGAAGAUCGAAGGCCGUUUCAAUUGGAAACUUGCAGGUACGAAAUUAACCUACCAGGAAUGUAAAAUCUGACCAUCUUUUACAGACAUUUCCCUUUUACCAAACCAAGCUGCUGGUAUAACCUCCUGGUUGAGCUUCUCACGUUUCACCCAUCGCAAAGGCGUCUUAGGACACACAGCCGUCUUCAAAAGCGAAAGUUCGGGAAGCCUCUUGACUCUUCGAUUUCUGCCCAACUCCGCGACGUCAACCACCGUGGAGUGCACCUUUUACAAGGAGAGUUCAGCUGACCGCGAAUCAGAGUUUGCGAGCCUGGGAAAAGCUGUUCAAGAUAAGAUCAAAGAUCUUGAACAGCGGCAAAAACGGCUUCUCCAAGCACGCAACAACCGUAAUUUCGCAGAGGAGACGACAAGUGCCAACUUUGACCAGCAAACAGAAAUACGGAAGAUCCUGAAAACACACGCAGAUGCAGAACAUGAACUUGGAGAGAAAAUCUAUCCUGCAGCUCAAAGUCAGUCUGUGACCUCUGAGGGAAAACGAGACGAUGACUUUUGUCGCGACUUGGGGGUGGGUGAAGGGAGGAGAUCUGUAUGCAGCGCAAGUGCGCAAGGUCUUCUUGAUUGGUAGUUUUGGGUUUUCCAGCAAUUCAGUUUGCAGAUCAUGUUUGAUUGGGUACAUUUGUGUGUUGUAUUUCUUGGUAUCAGUUAACCGACUUCAAUACUUGUAUAGCGAGAUAGAUAAAACGUUUUUCGAUUGAAUGCAC